CGCCCCGAACCGCCCCGGCGCGGCGCAGGGGGGACGCGGAGCGGCCAUGGUGCGCUCGCUCAACUCCAUCGUGGCCGUCAGCCAGAACAUGGGCAUCGGCAAGGACGGGCGGCUGCCCUGGCCGCCGCUCAGGAAUGAGUACAAGUACUUCCAGAGAAUGACGAGCACGUCCCGUGUGGAAGGUAAACAGAAUGCACUGAUAAUGGGUAAAAAAACGUGGUUCUCCAUUCCUGAGAAGAACCGUCCUUUAAAAGACAGAAUUAAUAUUGUGCUCAGCAGGGAGCUCAAGGAGACCCCAAAAGGAGCACAUUACCUUUCAAAAAGUCUGGAUGAUGCUUUAGCUCUUUUGGAUUCACCAGAGCUAAAAAGUAAAGUAGACAUGGUUUGGAUCGUGGGAGGCACUUCAGUGUACAAGGCAGCAAUGGAGAAGCCAAUUCAUCAUCGAUUGUUUGUGACAAGAAUCUUGAAAGAAUUUGAAAGUGACACAUUUUUUCCAGAAAUUGACCAUAAAGACUACAAGCUUCUAACAGAGUACCCAGGUGUCCCUGCUGAUAUCCAGGAAGAGAAUGGGAUCCACUACAAAUUUGAAGUGUAUGAAAAAGCUGUCGUGGCACAAUAAGGGAGGCGUUUUGUACUUCUGUGUAAGGGCAGGUAUUUUAAACCAUGAAGUUUUACUGAGUGUAAAGAAAGAUACAUUAAAUUUUUGAAGA